ACAUUUAAUGCCAUUCCUUUGUUAGCAUCACUCACGCAUUAUACGGAAUGUUGGUCACCCUUCCAUUCCCACUCCCACUCACUUAUUAUCAAUACUCUUGCUUAGCUUUAAUUUGAUGGAGAGGCUUCAGCUUCAAGGACCCCUUGACUCCUCUUUGUUUGGUGAGCACCUAGAAGUGAAUUGCUUGGAACAAGGUUUUGUCGAUAGAGAGAGUAACUUCAAAGUCAAGGAGGAUGAACAUGAAGAACAAACUUUGAUAUCAAGCUUGGAGGGUAACAUGCCAUUCCUUCAGAUGCUUCAAAGCGUGGAAUCCCCGCAGCAUCUUAAGAAACCAUGGGAAGGGACGCCCUACAUACCCACAUUGGAAUCCGAAAUCAAUGAAUUUGAACAGUACACACGUUCAGGCAGUGAUGCUGCUACCAGGUUAUCGAAACAUCAUCAUCAGGAACGGGUGAGGAAGAGGAAGAGAGGAAGAGAAAGUAAAGACAAGGACAAGGAAGAGGUUGAGAACCAGCGCAUGACCCACAUUGCUGUGGAACGCAAUAGGCGGCGCCAAAUGAAUGAGCAUCUCAGUGUUCUAAAGUCUCUCAUGCACCCUUCCUAUAUUCAAAGGGGUGACCAUGCAUCAAUCAUAGGGGGUGCAAUAGAUUUUGUGAAGGAAUUGGAGCAGUUAGUUGAAUCCCUUGAGGCCCAAAGAAGGAUGAGAAACAAGGAAGAAGAGGAUGGUGGGAAAGAAGAAGCAAGUGGUGGGAAUGAGGCUAAGGCAGAGAGAAGGUCAAAGGUGGGAGGCAUUGAGGUGAGUGUGAUUCAAAGCCAUGUCAACUUGAGAAUUCAGUGCGAGAAGAGAGCAGGGCUAUUGAUAAAUGCAAUCGUUGCAUUGGAGAACCUAAGGCUCCCUAUUCUUCAUCUCAACAUCACAUCCUCAGAUUCUUCAGUUCUCUAUUCUUUCAGUCUCAAGAUUGAAGAAGACAGCAAGUUAGGGUCAGCAAAUGAAAUUGCAGAGGCAGUUGAUAAGAUAUUGACUUCAUUAAGACAUUAACUCAUGAUGGUUCUUCGCUUGAAAAAGAGAUGGCAGAAAUGGCUGGGAAACGGGAAACACAGGGCAACCGUUUAUUGUUUGCACAUGCCAGUGUCAUGUGAGCACAAAAGAUAAAAAACAAAUGUGUACUCGAAUGUUGCAUAGGCUAUCUUAUUAUUUAUUUAUUUUUGGAAAAUUUGGUUGGUGACAGAUGUG